UUCAGCCCCUCAACUCCGCGGCCCAGGGACGGCUGUGCGCGCCCCGAAUGUGCGCCAUGGCCGGCCGGGUCGAGGGCCGGAGUCCGUCCGCGUCCCUCACCACCCGCCGCUCCUGGAAAGGGGCGCCACGGCCCUCAGGUGGAGCGCGGAGGGGAGAGAAACGCCUCAGCACGCCCAGGAGGCUGAGGGUUGAAGGGGCAGAGAGGUGGCCAGGUAGAAGCCGACCUGGGACUGUCAGGGAAAGGGUAGCGGGAUUGAUGAGGAAGUUCCGAGAUGAGGAGAGAAAGAGCCGGAGACGCGCGAGCGUGGAGACCUCGGCUGGGUGCCAUUCAACAUCCGGGAAACUUCCUGGUUGUUGCACAGUCUCUCCAUGUGGGGAAAGUUCAUGCUAGAAAACUGAAGCAAUUAAUGGGUGACUAUGAUCAGAUUUCUUCACCAAGUUCUCAGCCUGAGAAGGAGAAUCCCUUGGUCUCAACCUAAUGAAGCAUUCAAAGAAGACAUAUGAUUCUUUUCAAGAUGAACUUGAAGAUUAUAUCAAAGUGCAGAAAGCCAGAGGCUUAGAGCCAAAGACUUGUUUCAGAAAGAUGAGAGACAACUGUUUGGAAACCUGUGGAUACAGAGAAGAGGCAGAUUACCGACCAAGGUAUAGAAUGUUUGAUCAAAGACUCUCUUCUGAAACCAGGCAGACCUACCCAAGAUCAUGCCCUAGUUCACAAAAAGUGGAAACCCGCUUACCUCAGUGGCUACCAGCUCAUGACAGCAGGCUAAGACUAGACUCCCUGAGCUACUGUCAAUUCACAAGGGACUAUUUCUCAGAGAAACCAGGGCCCCUGAACCUUAGUCAGCAAGAGUAUAACUAUAACUCAUACAGUGUAGAAUCUGGAGUUCACAGUCGCCUCUCCUCAGCAAACCGUGCCAGUGGCCAUCCAGCCCAUCAUAAACGGCUACAUCAGAAAGGGAAAAGGCACCUGGAAGAAGGCAGAGAAAAACCAGAGGAGGAGCGGCCCAAGCAUAAGAGAAAAAAAGGUUGCGAGGAAAUAGAUUUAGAUAAACAGAAGAACUUCCAAACCAGCAAAACACAGAUGGAAGCAGACAGGAUCAGCACAGGGAAGCUUAAGAAUCGAAAGGAGAAAAAAAGCCGAGAUGGAGCCUCUAAGAAAGAGGAACGGAAGCGGAGAAAAGAGAAAAAGGAACAAGGUAAAGAGAGAACAGAGGAGGAGAUGCUUUGGGACCAGUCUAUCCUCGGAUUUUGAAGCUCCUGGGUUGGUUCUCCUGAGGUUAAAUUGAAAAAAUAGCUGAGGGGCCUGGUUUUCUGAUGUUCAUGUUCUUACCAGUUUUUUUCAUGUGAGCAGAUACUUGAACUUCUAACAACAGGCAGUGAACAGGAAGUAUUUAAUAUGCUUACUCUCCAUCACGGAAAUUACUUUUCCUCAUUUUCUACAUGCAUCCUUACAUUUUUCGUGUAUAAGGUGUAAUUUCCCUUAAUGAGAGUGGCUCUGCUUUUACUCAUCACAUUGCUAUGAUAGUAGAAGUAUUAUUCCCUUGGGAGGUCAUUUACUUUAA